AUGGACAAUAACUUGAAUGAAGAAGUUGAAGACAAUGGGAGCGAUAUUCUUGCUGAAGAACUCGCCAGACUUCAACGACAGUAUAUGCUCAUGGAAAGUAACAAAAAAGCGUACACCGAAGAAAUGGGUUGUCAUUUGACCAAACAGAAAAAACUUCUAUGCAGCUUAGAACAAGAAAAAAUGAAUCUGGUAGAGCAGAUAAAUACGAAAAAAAAUAAAUACAAAGAAAAUAACGACAUGCGCUUAAAAGCGUGUUUAGUCGAAAAAUGGAAUGAAUACAUGGGCGCCAAUGAUGAUCUGAUGGAUCAAAAAAAGUGCCUAGUCGAUAUCGAAAAAGAAAUACAGAAGAUACAAAACGAAUUCGGCCUGAUAUUCAGACAGCGGGAAGUGUCAGCUGGCAAAUCAAAAAACAAAGUAGAAUAUAACUUACAAAAACACCAAGAGUUACUAGAAAACAAAUUACACGUGAAAACCGUCAAGUUCAAUAAGGUUUUGACAGAAAACGCCCGUUUACGAAAUGAAAUCGACAAUUUACUCGUGCAACGGUCACAAUUCAACGAUGCGUACAAAGCUCUAUCGAAACGACUGGACGAUAGCAAACAGAUUAUGAUGGACCUGAUAGAACAGGCCACUAUGGCAUACGAACAAAGAGAAGAUGCUCAAAACAGAUUGAUAAAUAUGAGCGAAGAAGAUAAACAACAGAUUGCUCUGCAUAAGGCCGAAGUCAAAGAACUGCAAAGACAAUACGAUCGAGAUAUGAAACUUCAAGAAUUCUUGUCCAUUAAAGGACAGCAUCGUGUGCUGAUGGACUUCGAACGGAAAGAAGAAGAGAAGAAACAAAGCGAAUUGGGCAACCGUAAGGAACAAGCUGAGAAGUGGGCUGACUUAAUGGGAUGGUUGUAUAUGUACGUGGGCGAGAGCAACGUUGACAGGAUCGUGGAUCUCUUUGUUCGGCAAGAGGAGGAGAAUUUUGCGUUGUUCACGUACAUCAACGAGCUGAAUAGUGAAGUAGAUGAUUUGCAGAAAGAAGUAUUGGCGCUAAAGAACCGAGUGAAUGAGCAGCGGACAGUUAACGAGUCAAGAGCAUCGAAACAAGAGGAUAAUAUGAACGGAUUGAAAGCACAUCUGCAACAACUGUCCGACGAAGCCAGCCGGGAAGCCAAUCGGAUAACAACCGUGCACGAAGAGUUGACAAAACUGUUGAGAUCCGUAGAGAAACUCUUUAUGUAUGUUCACUGCGACCUCUCUCCGAUGUACAAGAUACUUGGUGACGACAUUCGCGCGAAUGUAUAUAAUAUGAACUUCUACAUUGAUCUAAUUGAGACAAAGGUGUCGGACAUCGUCAAAAGCCUACAGAUGAAUAUGGAAUUAAUAUAAAUAAUAGAACUUAACUCAUGUUACGAUAUUGAAUACACACACAUAAUCUAAGUAACUCUAAUAACUAUUAUAGUAACAGUUACUAAACUAGAAGGGUUACGAAUACAUCUAAUAAUGGAAGCAUUUUUUCUAGUGAACCUUACAUUUAAAUUUCAUGCCCGAUGCCUUAAUCUUUAAAAGUUCUUUUUUUUAUAUUUUUCUAACAUGACGGGUCGUUGAGUAUGCUUCUCUUUAUAUCUUUCUUGCUUUAUACAUAUUUUUUCAAGUUUUUUAUGCAUUAAUCGUUAGUUUUCAUGCGAAGUAGUUCAUUUUAUAUAAUAUUUUAGUUUUUUAAA